CAGGGAUGGAUGGAAAAUCAAUCAUUAACUGGCUCUUUUUUUUCCCGCUGGACAUGUGUAAACUUUGUGAGCUUGCAUUUUGCAUUUUGAAUUUUGCACCUUUGCAUUUUGCAUUUUAAUAAAACUUUAAGGCAUUUUUCGGUGCUUUGAUUGAUGAUCGUGUUGCUCCGACAACUUUUGCACCGUGCUUUUCCCAGCUAUAAAGUUUUCUCUUUUGGUAACUCUCACUCACUGACCCUCUUUUUUGGGUCCUGAUUUAAUUUGAGUCAGGAACAAGGUCAAAAAGGGUACAAGAAGAAGAAUUUUAAAUUUCUACCGAACCAGAUCGAAAAAAAAAGUCUACAAAAAGAGCAGAGUUGGCACAAAAUCUAACCUGUGCGAGGCUUGCUAAAGAAGAAGAGAAGAAGAAACCACGGAUACAGUAUCUUGAGGAUUGGACGACACAAGGCGGAAAAGUCCGACCAAAAGUCGUUCCAGAGGUUGCCAUUUGAACAUUUUUCGACCGAUAUCCCGAAAAAAAAAGUCCAUCCCAACAAUGAACUGCCCGUCCCGUACCGACGAGCCGCCAUUGACGGACCAUCCGACCUGGAAUCAGAACCCGCCCUUCCUGUCGGGUGACCUGACGACCUGCCAGGACCUCAACGGCAUCGCCAACGCGCGCGAGCACCGCGACGGGUCCGGAGGCGCCGCCGUGACCGACGACGAACGCGGUGGAAACGGGAUGCAGAGGGACGGCUGGGCCGUGGCCGAUCGAAUGCCGGUCGAGGCCGAGGGGCGGAAGGGGUUGGCUUGGGGAUGGGGUUCUUUUGAUGCAUCCCAUUCCCAAGCCAAGGGAGUGACUGGCGGUGAAGGCCAUUCACUCUCGACCGCGGCAGGCGGCGGCGGCUUCGGUGCCGUCGCUGCUGCCACUGCAGCGCCCCCUGCACCAUGCUCUCUUUUCGGCUGGUUCUCCUGGGUGGCCUCGGUCCUCGUCUGCGCAGCCAUCAUGUCGGCCUCUCGGCUGCCAGAGUCCCUAACGGGACGUCUGUUUGGCGCCCCGCAACCUGGUUUAGCUUCAGCUCCAAACACGUCCACCAUCGCCACCAACUCCCGCGACGCCGAUGUUAUCCCGCUCGGCAAGCGGUCGACCUGCGCGACGGGCGGCUUCCUCUCCGAGGAGGAGUACAACACGCCGCUGCACGUCGGCGCGCUGCUCAUCAUCCUGGGCGUGUCGUUUGGGGCAUGCGCAUUUCCGAUUGUGGCCUCGCGCAUCCCGCGCCUGCGGCUCCCCGCCCGCUUCUUCUUCGCCGUGCGCCACUUUGGCACCGGCGUCCUGCUGGCCACGGCGUUUGUGCACCUGCUGCCGACCGCCUUUACGCUGCUGGGGAACCCCUGCCUGUCGAGCUUCUGGGUCAGUGAGUACCCGGCCAUGCCGGGCGCCAUCGCCCUCGCCGCCGUCUUUUUUGUGACUGUCAUCGAGAUGGUUCUGCAGCCUGCGAGGCACAUGACCGAGGCUGCCGGGUCAUCUACGGGUGGCGGCUGCAUGAGCGCCGCUGCCGUGUUGCAACAGCAGCAGGAGCGACCGCGGAGGACCGCGGAGCCGGCUCAGGACACCUCUUCUGAGGAUGGAAACGGCGCCAUGGCCGGGCGACCGAUGUCACUGGAGAUGCGGCCGGCAGGUGGCAACGCCAACUCUUUGGGCCGACAGCUCUCCAACCUCGGACGGACCGAUGACCAGAACGCGAGCGUCGGGGCGCCAUCCUCCGAUGGGCAAGCCGGUGAAAGGCUUAGCGACAAGUCGGUGGUCGUCGACGAGGAGAACCGUCUCGCCGGCGGGCAUCUCCAGCUCACGGCGCAGCAGCAGCACCAGAAGGACGUGCUUCAGUGCAUGAUGCUCGAGGUCGGCAUUUUGUUCCACAGCGUCUUCAUCGGUAUGACGCUCAGCGUUUCGAUUGGGCACGAGUUUGUCAUUCUGCUCAUCGCCAUUGCUUUUCACCAAACCUUUGAAGGAUUGGCCCUUGGCUCGAGGAUCGCAAACAUCAAGUGGGAGAAAGGUUCAUGGCAGCCUUGGAUGAUGUCGAUGGCAUACGGGUGCACAACGCCGCUCGGCCAGGCGAUCGGAAUCGCUACUCACAGGCUCUACAACCCAGAGUCUGAGUUUGGUCUCGUCCUCGUCGGCACCAUGAACGCCAUCUCGUCUGGUCUACUGGUGUUUGCGUCGCUCGUGGAGCUGCUGUCCGAGGACUUCCUCAGCGACGAGAGCUGGCGCAUCCUCCGUGGCAGGCGCAGGGUUUACGCCUGCUUCCUGGUGCUGUCUGGCGCCAUCGGCAUGAGUCUUGUCGGGGCCUGGGCUUAAGAGAAGCACACUGGCAGGUGAACCUGAAGUGGAGGAGACGCGGGGCGUUUAGCUUGGAUCUUGCGUUGAGGCCCAGACUAAGCACUGGGGAACGAGUUUAAGGCUCGCCAAUGAAGCUUUUGGCAGGCCGUUGUUUGCUGUUUUCGAGUGAGAUGCUUUCUUACGACAUGUUUGAGCCGUGUUUUGAUGGACCCUGACUAGAGCAUUGCUAUUUCUUGAGCUUUGAUGGGGAGGUUUGCCGAAGAAGAUUGGUAUUUUUGUAUAUGAGGUGAGCCCAUCGCUAGAUGCACCUUUGGUGUCAGUCAAGUCAAUAAAAAGAUGGUGUAUCUAGGGUGGGGCCGCGCAUCCUGUGUUGGUGCCUCGCGUAAUAGAUUGCAAGGAUGAAUGGACAGCUCCAUGAGCAGCGCUCCUAAUUGCAACUGACCGG